GAUCAACUUAAGCAACCACAUCUAAAGCAACACCAAUUAUGGCACCUUCGAAUAUGGAUUACCAAAACGAGUCGGAGGUCAGCGAGAGUUAUACGCACAAGAAGUUCAAGACCUCGGCUUAUACGCACAAAAAGUUUGGAAAGAAGAGCGGCAAGGAGGUCGCCCCCACUGCCACAACCACGCCCCUUUUCCGUCCGUACGCCCUGGACGAGAAUACACCGCGGAAACGGCGACAGGAGACAGAGCGGGGAGUUCAGCAGCAGCAACAGUUGCACCAUUACCAUUCACUGCCUCCCACGCCACCAACAACACCACCCCAGCAGCAUCAGCAAUAUACGCCUCCGGCCACCCAACUUCCGGUGACCCAACAUCCGGUGACCCAACAUCCGGUCGCCCACUCACCCGUUUUCAAUCACCAGGCCUACGCCUACAUGCUACAGAAGCAACGGGCCGUGCUCCAGAUGCGCCAACUGCUCAACAUCAAUCCGGAUGCCAACACUUGGCCUCUGGAAUGGCGACAGGCCCUCCAGGCGCUGCUUCAACAGUAA